UCCAGAUUCACUCGUUAAUCUGUUUAAUUCUCGAUAAAGAGAGAUCAUGAAGGGUUUGGUCGGAGGAAUCCCUCUUGCCCUCCUCGUCGCCGCCGUCGCCAACGGCCAUGGCGAGGCGGUGCAGGAGGAGGGCCCGGUAACUUUGAUCGGUGGCCCCAGUGGUGACGACGGUGGGAACAGUGCUGCUAUCGCGUAUGACAGCACCUACGGUUCCGGUGUGAAGGACAACUACAAGGACGACCACUCGGUUGAUCUGAAGAACACUGUGGUCGGCGCCGCUCCCCCUCAUGCCCCAGUGCCAGGCGUCCACAAGCGAGGCGACGGCAGCCUGACAUUCUUUGAUGGCCCGGCCGGCGAUGACGCGGGCAACAGCGCGGGAUUUGAGUUCGACAGUGCCUAUGCUUCUGUCGUUGAGGAUUGGGUUAAGGAUGAUCACUCUAAAGACAUCAAGAACACCCGAGGUGAUCCCUUAGUGACCUUUGUCAAAGGUCCAUCUGGCAACGAUGGCGGCAACAGUGCCGAAAUUGAAUUCGAUAGCUCGUACGCCUCCGCCGUUAAGGAUUCGUACAGGGACGACCACUCCGUCGACAUCGACAACCAUAUCAUCCAGCCUCCCCCAGUUCCAGGUUUCCGCAAGAGAGGUGGCGGUGACACCACUUUCUUUGACGGGCCAUCCGGCGAUGAUGGCGGUAAUAGUGCUAGCUUUGAGUUCGAUAGCUCAUACGGCUCCAGUGUGAAAGACUGGUAUAAAGAUGAUCAUUCCGUCGACAUCAAGAAUCAUAUCGUCCAGCCUCCGCCAAUGCCAGGUUUCCGCAAGAGAGGUGGCGGUGAUACCGUAUUCUUUGAUGGUCCAUCCGGCGACGAUGGCGGCAACAGUGCUAGCUUUGAGUUUGAUAGCUCAUAUACCUCGAGUGUCGAGGAUGCCUAUAAGGAUGACCACUCUGUUGACGUGAAGAACACUAUCAUCCACCCGCCUCCCGUCUUCCACCCGCCUCCAGUCUUCCACCCUCCACCAGGUCCGGGUUUCCGCAAGAGAGGGGACGGUGAUACCACCUUCUUUGAUGGUCCAUCUGGCGAUGAUGGCGGUAACAGUGCUGGCUUUGAGUUUGAUAGCUCAUACGCCUCAAGUGUCGAGGACUACUACAAGGAUGACCACUCUGUUGACGUGAAGAACACUAUCAUCCACCCGCCUCCUGUCUUCCACCCUCCCCCUGUCUUCCACCCUCCACCAGGUCCGGGUUUCCGCAAGAGAGGGGACGGUGGCACUGUUUUCUUUGGUGGCCCAUCUGGCGAUGAUGGCGGUAACAGUGCUAGUGUUGGGUUUGAUAGCUCAUACGCCUCAAGUGUCAAGGACGCCUACAAGGAUGACCACUCUGUUGAUGUCAAAAACACUGUCAUCCAUCCUCCCCCUGUCUUCCACCCUCCUCCGGUGGCAGGCUUCCGGAAGCGCGAUGAUGGAGGCUCUCACAUUAGCACUCCUAACUACCAUGAGCAUGCUAAGCCGGCUGUGGUCGAAGAUGAUUCUGGAGAACCUGCCAAAGACGGCGGAAUUACCUUCAUUAAAGGCCCCUCCGGUAACGAUGGUGGCAACAGCGCCGAUGUCAAAUUUGACAGUAACUAUGCAUCUGCGGUCGACGAUCAUUACAAGGAUGACCAUUCUGUGGAUAUCACGAACCACGUGGUCGCGCCCCCAGCUGUGCCAAAGGGCUUCCGCAAGCGCGGUAGCGGCCCGGUCUUUUACGAUGGUCCCAGCGGGGAUGAUGAAGGGAAUGAUGCCGACUUUGUCUUUGAUAACGACUACUCAUCGAAGGUCGACAGCCACUAUGUAGAUGAUCAUUCCGUGAAGGAAGAGAACUGGAUCGUGCAAGCUCCGCCACCGCCGCCGCCCCCUCGUCCUCAGCCCCCUCGUCCUCAGGGACCUCCUGGCCAGGCAGCUCCACCUCCUUUCGCUGGCAACCAAGAGCCGCCUCAUCCUCAGGGACCUCCUCACCAGCCCCCUCAUCCUCAGGGACCUCCUGCCCAGGCAGCUCCACCUCCUUUCGCUGGCAACCAAGAGCCGGCGCAUCCUCAGGGACCUCCUCCCCAGGCCCCUCAUCCUCAGGGAGAUCCUGCUCAGGCAGCUCCGCCUCCUUUCGCUGGCAACCCAGAGCCACCUCACGGAGUGGCCCCGGUAGCAAGCGAGCCAUGCAGCACAUCCACCUUCCUUGAGACCGUCAUCAAGACCCUUGCAGACGACCCGGUGGCUACUAAGCCCGCUGCCCCGUACAGGCCGCCUGAGCAUCCUCAGCCCCAUGCGCCUCAUCCAAAUGCUCCAUCCGACCCCGGCCAUGGGUUCGAGCCUACGCAUCCCGGCGAGGCCGUGCCAACUGGUGUUUCUCCCGCCCACGAGGUUGAGGCUCCCAAGGGCCACGAGAACCCCGGCUACCAGAAGCCAGAGCCCGCCCGCCCCUCUUUCACCACGUCGAAGGUGGAAGCUCAUCCCCAGCCGACUGUUCCGUCGUACCCCCCGCAGGGAAACCCUCAAGCACACCCUGAGGGCGGCGCUCCCGCUGACCCUGGUCACGGCCAGCCUCAAGCGGACACUACUCCUUGCCCCACGGGUAGGCCCGGAGGUCACCAACCUGAGCCUACCGCUCCUGCCUAUCAACCGCAUCAACCCCAGGACGCUGACCCGAAGGAAGCUCCCAAGCACGCGACCACCGCCGCAGAGCCCGUGACCUCCAUCACGUCCACCAUCACCGUGAGCCACACCUCCUCCUUCGCCGUCGUCCCCGUCUACAUGGACUCCAACCACAAGACCACCUGCACGUCAGCAGCCCACCAGCGCCCCACCGACGUCGACGCCCAGGACAAUCACCACGCGCCUUCCUCGGCUCACAGCCAGGCCGUCAAGCCCUCGCACCACGCUGCCCCGUCCCCGUCCCCGACGCCUAGCCAGAGCACGUUGUUCACCGGCGCCGCGGGCCGCAUCGCUCCCGCCGCUGGUGUCGUGUCUGCCGUGUGUGGCCUCAUGGCUGUUCUUGCCUUCGUGCUGUAAGCUGUAAUCGAGUCGUGACAUCUGAGUGCUGCCACGUUGAAUUUCUCAUUCACUCUUUUCUUUUUUUCUUUCCAUUAUCUAAUGUCUUUUAUAUUAUUGGGACUUCUGUUGCGCUCGCUCUACUGUCUGUAUUCCAUUUUUUCGGAUAAUC